CGUUCCCUCAGAUCCACAAAGCCACGCCAUCCGCGUCACCUUCAACUGGGAAAACGAUGGCGGCAAAUCACUAACGUCGAAUUUUUCGGAACGGCGGGAAUUCGGAGGUAUUCAACGGGACGGGAAUCAUCUGGUGUACAUCAUGAGUGCAAUGCUAUUACAGUUCCUAGCUUGCUGGUUGAUACAAAACAUUAUCGAGCUACACUAAAAGCAGCGUGUAGUGAAUACCGCCUUCUGAAGCCAAGCACGUUGCACACGUUGCGCACAAAGGCUGAAGGUGCGUCAGUAGGGACGCUCUGAUUGCUUCCACUCCUCUUCUCGAGCACAACCUGUGAACCAACUGGCCACUGGCAGCGAGACUCCAUAUGAAGUAUGGCCCUGCUCGCUGCAUUGCGCCGCUCGCUGAGUACAGUGCUCCUGUUGACUAUUGGUGCAGUCCGCUCCGCUAUACUGCUCAUUCAGAUUGGUCUCCUGAUUAUGCUGAAAGGAAGAGCCGCUCUGAAUCCUAGAGAACGCCAGGAACCAGAAUGCCUCCAAGAUCCGGCAUUUGGUGGUCACGACUUCAUCACAUUUGAGGAUGCCACGUUGCACUAUGUAUCAGCUGGAAAUCAAGAUAAGCCUCUGGUCCUGCUCUUACAUGGUUUCCCGGAUUUCUGGUUCUCGUGGAAGUACCAGAUCCUGGAUUUGAAGAAGGAUUUCUGGGUCGUGGCACUGGACCUCCGGGGUUAUGGGCGCUCUUCAAAGCCCAGCCUUGUCAUCGAUUAUCGUGGACCCCGUCUAGUGGAGGAUGUUCGUGGGCUCAUCGUAUCCCUCGGCAAGAAGAAAGCCAGUAUUGUGGGCCAUGACUGGGGCGCGGUCAUUGCCUGGUGGCUCGCCACAAAAUACGAGAGCCUGGUGGACAAAUUGGUCAUUAUUAACGGGCCCCAUCCCCUGGCUCUAAGCUACCAGCUGGAACACAGUCUCAGUCAAAUUCUGAUGUCCUGGUACUUCGUGACAUUCCAGUUACCGUGGCUACCGGAAGCCAGUUUCUGCGCCAACGACCUCCAGCUACUGGACACAUUGCAUGGUGCAUACGAUGAGCAGGAGCGGGAGGCCUUCAAAUACGCAUUCAGCAAACCGGGUGCUUUCACUGGACCCGUCAACUACUACCGAGCGUCAUUCCGAGUGCAGUCUGAGGACCCGUUCAACUACCGGCAGCUGUAUGUUCCGGCCCUGGUUCUGUGGGGCUGCCAGGACACGGCCCUGACCAGAAAUAUCGCAGCGCUCUCCCUGCAGUACGCAUGUAGCGGGCGCGUCGAGUACGUGGCCGACGCCGGCCACUGGCUGCACCGCGAGCGGCCCAAGCUCGUAAACGACCUGAUCAGGCGUUUCCUCUCGAACGAGAAAAAAACGCGUUCGCAGUUCAAAGACACUCUUUUCUAGUAUAUAAACUUGUGGCAAAACCUAGCUAUGUAAUUUAACUGUCCGCUAAAAUAUUAUUCGAUGAGUGCUUAAAAUCGCAGUGCAGAACAAUUUCA